GGCUAAAGUACCUGCGAUAACGCGAGAUUUAUGCAAAUAAACCCCACAGGCCCACAGCGUAUUCAUGAUUCAACAAAUGCAGGUUAAAAACUCUAUGAGGUCACAGGGUAUAUCUUCCCGUAGGCAGAACCUUUUGUGAGGUCAAGAAGCUUACCAGGCACAAUUCUCCUUUGUGAAAUUUCCUAUUUGGAAAGGCAAUGUUUGACAAUGGCAUCGAACUACCGCGGUGUGAAUCUGAUGCACGCAAUUCCCGAUGUCACCGGAGCAUUCGAUAUGACCUGUCCCGCAGGGACCGAUAUCUGGGACAAGCCUCCUUCCAUUCACGAUUUCAAUGCACCCCUGAUCUAUCAGUCUACUACUAAGGAUGCCUUCAUAUCUGCCACAGUGACUGUUUCGGCCAACUUCAAGGACGAAUUUGACCAAGGUGGUAUCUGUCUUGCCAUAAAAGCGAAGGACCGAACUCGCUGGGUCAAAGCCAGUAUUGAAGUUGUACAUGGAGUUCCUGGUGUAUGCACGGUGGUAAAGGAUGAUUGGGCUGAUGCGAGUUUACGAGAGAUGUUCGAUGGUUGGACGCAGCUCGUUACUGUGGAGGUCAGACUUAGUGAUGAUGGCAGUCUUACGGUACACGCUUUUGGCCCCAAUGGACAACAUGCAUCUCUGCGCGAGAUCACAUGGUGGGGCGCUAUUCCAGGGGAUACUGAAAUCUGGGUCGGUCCGUACGUCGCGAAGCCUGCUCCGAAUGGUGAAAAGGGCGAUUUUACGGCACACUUCGAAGGGCUGUCUAUCAAAACUCGGUGAAUGGUUCGCACAUUCUGGAUGAGGAGAUGACUAGAUCAACCACGAACAUCCCUACUUUCAGCUUGUUUAAUCAAGAAAGUGGGUUUCAUAUCCCCAUGUUCUCUUGCUACCUACUCUGGGUAUCCUGCACGGUUGUCAACGGGCUGGAAGAUAUCGAGUACCUACACAAGGAACGGCACGUGUUGUCUUUAGGCGGUACCAAGAUGUAGAAGAAGCGAACUUUCGCUUAGCUGGGGUCGGUCGAUGUCCUUGGAGUUGAAGAAAGAAAAUGAAGACCGCACUAGUGUACUCUUUCUCUACCAUGAAAUCAUUACCUAUACUUGUAGAGAGCCUGACACAAUCUAUAAAUAAAUGUC